AUGAUAGAUCCAGAAUUUGAAACAGUAAAUAUUUUAUUAACACAGAGUCCAUGUGGAAAACUUCACGCUGACAGAAUAACAGACGUUGAAGCACUCACCGGCUAUAAAGUUUGUCCAUAUUGUAAAGAAGAAGUUUAUUCUAUCCGCGAUGAUCCAGAAAGGAAAAACCAAAGAAGAUUUUUAAAGCAUUGUGAGAAAUGUAAAGAAAAUAAUGGGAGAUUAAUUCAAGACGUUCAGUUGCAAAAGACACAGCAACCAUAUGCACCACAUAUUACGAAACAGAAGAUAUAUCAGUGGUUAUUAGCUCACAAUUUGCAGAAAUAUUAUAAACCGACAAGAUAUUAUAUUACUUUUGACUUUGAAACAUUAGAGACUAAAGAAGAAUUACAACUUUCUGAGUGUGCAACUUUGAAUGCUUACUUAAAACCAUUCAUGGUAUCAUCAACGGUUAAAUUAAAUGAUAAAACGUAUACGAGGAAUUUUUGUUUAACUUCAAGUGAUUCUUUUAUUUCUGACUGGAUUGAAUUUUUAUUUUCAACCUGUUCAUUAGUUGUUGAAUCAAAUAUGAAACAAUACGAUGAAUUAUUGAAGCCGCAAACGGCGGGGACUUUGUCCCAUACAUUAAAUGAAAAACAGAAGGAAGCAUUUAAAGAACUUCUAGAUGAGGAAUUCAAUAAAGUGAAUAUCAUAGGUUUUAAUUCGGGAAAGUUUGAUUUAAAUUUAAUUCUUCGUGAUUUAAACACUGCAAAAUGGAAAAUAAAAUCAAUGCUGGGUUCAUCUUCACAAUUUAAGCAAGUCAUAGUAAAGAAAGUAAACUGUCCAUAUGAAUUAAGAUUUAUUGACAUCAGAAAUUAUAUAGCGGGUGGAACAUUAGACCAAUUCACUCAAAAUUUCGGAAACAAUAAAAUACGUGUUAAAUCCUUUUUCCCUUAUCAAUUCAUCACAUGGAAGAAUUACGAAGAAGAAUUAUAUAAAGUGGAACCAUUCACUCAAGAUUCAUUUUAUUCAGCAUUAACCCAAGAAACUAUAUCAGAUAGUGAUUAUCAAAUAUAUCUCAAUGAUGCUAAAAACUUUAAGAAUAGAUUAGAAUAUUUUAUUCAUUAUUGCAAUAAAGAUGUUGAAAUUAUGAUUGACCCAAUCGAUAAAAUUAUUGAAGAAACAUUUGUUUAUAAAAUUGAUAUGCUUCAUAAUCUUUCUUUAUCAUCGAAUGCUUCAAUGAUUCGUUACGCUUUAGCAUAUAAAGACUUUAAUCCUAAUGAAAAAUAUCCUGAGGAAGAGAUAGAAUCAAGUUUUGAAUUAACGAAAAAGUAUUGGAAAUAUAAAAUUGAAUCAUAUAAGAAACAAGAUGAAAAAGCAGAAAGGGAUAUUAAAAAUAAUGUUUCAAUGGAUGAUUUUCAAUACUAUCACGAUUUAAUCCUUUCAUCUAA